AUGUCGGCCAACGGCAACAGCGCGCCAGGUAGCAGUGUCUACGACUCUAGCACCAUGUAUGUUGGAGAUGGGACAUGGCUCGCUUCUAAGAACACUUUCCUUUUGCCCAACCUCCAGGGUCUCAAUUUUGCGACAAUGCAGCUGAACAGCAUGUCCAGUCGCUUCGCCAACCUACCAGAGUAUCGACGCCUCAUCAUUGGCCACGGUGUUGUUGCUGCCCUCGUCUUUCUCCUCAUAGUGCCCUCGGCCAUCUUCAUCGCUCGCUUCUACUACAGAAAUCCCCGACUUGCUCUCAGACUCCAUAUCUAUCUCCAGAUCCUGACUGUUGCCUUGAUCACUGUUGUGUUGAUCCUCGGCUGGUUUGCCGUGGGACCUGAGCGAAGCUUGUCCAAUCCCCACCACGGCAUAGGCGUCGCUCUGUACACUCUUGUUCUGGUGCAGUUCUUUGGUGGUGCCUUAAUCCAUCGAAUCGAGAAGGGCAAGUCACGAUGGAAGAUUCCUCUCAAGCUGAUGCUCCACCAAUGGCUUGGUAGAGCAAUUGCCUUGCUCGGUCUUGCACAGAUCCCUCUGGGUAUGACCCUGUAUGGAUCUCCCAAGUACUUGUUCAUCCUCUACGCUUUGGCUGUAUUCGCUCUUCUUGUCUUGUACUUCAUUCUCUGUUACAUUUAUCAACCGAUUGCCGACUAUGACGACUAUUCAAGUUACAUUUCAGGUCCAACAAGGACCGAAAUCACUGAUGAUCGCAGAACCGGACGCACUCGGCGCACUGUCAGUACUGGUAGCAACACCAGUCAUCAUGGUUUGAGAAACACGGCUUUCUUUGGCGCAGGUCUGGCAGGGUUGGCAGCGCUUCGUCGACGUUCGCAAAGCAGAAAGGCUCAGAGAGCUGAAAGAGCCAAGGUCCCUUCCCAUAGGUCAUACCCUUCAGAGUCCUAUGUCGAAGAGGAAAAAGUGAUCGAAAGCCGUCGCAAGAACAACACUUGGAGAGACAGAUUGCUCGGUGCUGGCGCUGGACUUGGUGCAUAUCAGGGAUUCAAGAGGGUCUUCUCGCGCAGAUCGCCGCAAGACGAAGAGAGCUACGCUGGUUCUUCAUACGCUCCCACAGUCGGUGGAAGCCAGGCCCUCAAUCGAGCCGACGUGAUAAGAGUCCAAGAUGGUGAAGCACCAUUGUCGCCUGAACCUCAGCGGGUCGUCAGAUCAGAUCGAGCCAGCACGGUCCCGGUUAAUGCCCCCCUCGAACAGCCUCUUCGCUCGCGCACAAGUCGAGAUUCCUUCUCGUCAUACGACAGCCGGAGCUCGUUCGAAGAUGAACAACCAUCCCAGCCACUGAAGUCACCCGAGUCUGGUAUUGUCGCUGGUAUCGGUGCGUUAGGAUUGCUCGGAUACCUCAGAGAGAGGCGCAGGCAGAAUCAAAUCAGGAAGGAUAACGUCAGAGUCGUGGACAUGCGCCAGCAAGAACGGCAGAAUGCUGAGCGUAUCAACCGUGCAAACAGUCGACGCUACACGGAUCGACCUGGGUACAGAAGACCGAGCAUUGCUGACACCGAAGCUGCACAUGAUCUCGGAUUCGCGGGGAGCAGCCCCGAGCUAUCAAGACAUCACUUACCUACUGGCAACAUGCCCCCAUUGCCGGCUUCUGCAGCAACUUUGCCAGCCAGUAACCAGUACAGCCCAACUCGUUUACCGAACAAUGACGGAGCUGCACCUUUAUCACCGCCAAUGAUGAGUCCUGCAUAUCCGACUCAACCUGGCCCUGUGCCGAUGCCCGAAGGAGCUGUCGUUCCGGACGCUUCUCGUCUUGCAAGGUCAGAUAACGCAUCCAGGACCCAUCUCCCAGCAGAGGCUAUAGCGGCAGGUCUUGCAGCUGAUGACAUGGUACAUUCACCCACGAAGUACAAAUCUCGUGAAAGACUCGAACACCCUCACGGCCACACAUCGCAAAUUAAAGCGACUAGCAGUCCAGCAAGCGUUGCCUCCCCACCAGUCAGUGUCAAGGUAAAGAUGCACAAUGAUGGACGCCAUGUCACACUCCGUCGUUUGAAUGAAGAUGAAGCUGCAGCGGAGCGAGAGGCACGAAGACGGGAGAGACGCCAGAGAAGGAGGCGAGCCGAGAGUUUGAGCUCUGGUGUAGAGGAUGAGAGUAUCAGGUACAGGCGUGCUCAAGGUGCUGUAUCAUCUCCGAACAACGCAGCCAGACCACCAGCUUCAUCACAUCCGGAUGAGCUGAAUCUUCCACCUAUGCAGGGUCCUCCUCCGGUGCCGGUUCACAGCACAGGCAUGAGUCCUGUCAACAUGGCCGCCAGUGGCAUCACCAGCGGCAUUGGUAGUCCCGGCACCUAUGAUACAGGUACCGGAACGGAUCUCAGUGCCUUCGACACCAACAGGAAAAGACGAAGAGCAGAACGAGCUGCUCAACGAAGCGCCAACCAGGGUGCCCGUGUUGAGUUCUCUUAA